AGGUUGCUUGCCGUUCUUCUCCAUCUGCUCAUUCAUACAGCCAUCCAUACGUACAUAUAUACAUAUAUAAAGCCAUCCGGCACAUCGUCUUUGCACCCACCCGUCGCAAUGCUACGACCCACGAGUGAUGGUCAGCGGUAUGAGCUCACCAGCCCUACCGCCUUGCCAAAGGCUGGUGGCUUCUUAUGGAACCAGAGAAUGAUGAUCCAAAUCACUUGUCGUGGUUAUGCAACAUCACAGUUCAUGCAGCCUGAGCCUGCAAAGUAUGCCCACGCACCCAACCUCGAGGCCAAAACCUUUAUGCAGCCCGAGCAAAACUACUAUGCACAUCACCCAGGCAGAUUCGUAUACGUCAAAGACGAAGAAACGAACCAACUCUUCUCGGCACCUUAUGAGCCCGUCCGAGCCAAACUAGACAGCUAUGUCUUUUCUGUCGGCAAGAGCGAUAUAUCGUGGACGGUCGAGAAGGACGACAUUCGCGUCGAAAUGAGCGUGCUCCUCCCCACCCAAGAUGUAGCCGAACUGUGGUCCAUCAAGGUGACCAAUCUUUCCAAUCGCCCGCGUAAGCUCAGCAUUUACCCUUAUUUCCCGAUUGGCUACAAAUCUUGGAUGAACCAAGAAGCUGAGUGGAACGAAAAUGUUGGCGGUAUCGUUUCAAGCGGCAAGACGCCGUACCAAAAGGCGGAAGACUAUCCCAAAACAAAAUACUUGAAGGACAAGACGUACUUUCUGUGCGAAGAAAAACCAGUCUCUUGGGAGGCGAAGCAAGAAGCGUUCGAAGGCGAAGGCGGUUUACAUGCUCCAUCAUCGCUACAAGAACAACAGCUGAGCAACAGCGAAGCGCGAUAUGAGACGCCCACAUCCAUAGUACAAUAUCGCAUUACCUUGGAGGCCAACGAAGAAAAGGACUUUCGUUUCUUGUUUGGCCCAGCUUAUGACGACAAGGAGAUACUGAGCAUGAAGAGCAAGUAUCUCAGCAAAGAGGCAUUCGCUACCUCGGCGAAGGCCUACCAAGAUUACAUCGAACAAGGGAGCGGAUCGCUGUCGAUUCAAACGCCCGACAAAGAACUUGACAAUCUUGUCAAUAAUUGGUUGGCCCGUCAAGUAUACUACCACGGCGACGUAAACCGCUUGACUACUGACCCACAGACACGAAACUAUCUCCAGGAUAACAUGGGCAUGAGCUACAUCAAGACCGACGUGGCCCGAAGCGCCAUCAUCACCGCUGUCUCGCAGCAGGAACCAAAUGGUUCUAUGCCUGACGGGAUCCUGUUGGCUGAAGGCGCUGAACUGAAGUACAUCAAUCAGAUCCCGCAUACAGAUCACUGCGUUUGGCUUCCGAUAGCCCUAGAUAUAUACCUCAACGAGACAGCCGACUAUGCGCUGCUGGAUCAGAAAGUCACUAGUAUGCAUGGCGAUUCGUACACGGUAUUUGAACGAUUCAGUCGUGCAAUGCAGUGGCUUCUCGAUGCCCGCGAUCAUCGGGGUCUGAGUUACAUAGCCCAAGGUGAUUGGUGUGAUCCAAUGAAUAUGGUCGGUCCAAAAGGUGUUGGCGUCUCGGGAUGGCUCACUGUUGCAACCGCAUAUGCGGUCAAUCUGUGGGCCAACAUCUGCGAAUCGGCUGGUAAAACGGACCUUGCUGACACAUUUCGCAAAUCUGCCGAAGAAGUGAAUGCUUGCGCGAACAAGCACCUCUGGGACGGCGACUGGUAUGCCCGUGGCAUCACUGACGACAAUGUCACCUUUGGGAUCAAAAAAGACGUCGAAGGACGUAUGUGGCUCAACCCCCAAGCGUGGUCGAUCCUGGGCGGCGCCGCAUCCUCGGAAAAGAUUGAAAAGAUUCUUCCUCAAGUCGAUGAGCAGCUUAGCGAGCCUUACGGUGUAGUCAUGUUUGCUCCGCCCUUCACUGCGAUGCGCGAGGAUGUAGGGCGUGUUACGCAAAAGUUCCCUGGCCAAGGCGAAAACGGAAGCGUGUAUAACCAUGCCGGCGCAUUCUACGUCUGGGCUCUAUAUACCAUAUCAGAAUCGGAUCGCGCAUACAAAAUCCUUCGUCAAAUGAUCCCCGGCCCUUCGGAAGAAGACUACGUACAGCGAGGGCAGCUUCCCGUCUACAUUCCAAACUACUACCGCGGUGGGUACAAAUUGCACCCAAAGACGGCAGGUCGAAGCUCUCAGCUGUUCAAUACUGGCACCGUGAGCUGGGUCUAUAGGAGUGUAGUCGAAGGCCUCUGCGGAUUGACUGGUGUGAAAGAAGGCUUGUCCAUCAAACCGCAGCUCCCCAGCGAUUGGCCGGGUAUGAAAGCUACACGUCUGUUCAGGGGUGCUCGCUUCGAUGUUGAGAUCAAGAGGGCUGAUGUGCAGGGAGUCAAAGUCACUGCGGAUGGGCAGGCAUUGGCUGACCCGGUGAUUACGAACAUUGAGACUGGCAAAACAUAUAAUGUGGUGGUCGAGAUACCGAGGACUUGA